AUGUGGUUACUUCCGCCAUGUCGACGCGAUGGGGGAUUAGAUGUACCAGUGGCCGGAUAUCUAUUACACCGUCAGCAGCGGCAGACAUUAUACUACAUGCGACUAAUUGAGCACGAGAUUCCAAAACUCGUAGCGUUCCGCAAAUCAUUCGUCCCUCCAACUGCCGCUACACCCCUCGUCAUACGGUCCGUUGAUUUUGCUGGAGAACAACAUCCGUUGACAGCUAAGCGGAGUGUUGUCGUUCCGGUCGCACACCUUCCCCUGCGGAACGAAGUAGCUUUUCACAGAGCGAAACUCCUCGCAGGCGUGCGGUGGAUGCCAGAGCCCCCAAGAGACUCUGGUAUUUCAGCGGAUGAGGAUGCAGCCAAGCAUGGUUUUAUCAAAAUUGCGUGUGAGGACUUUCCGCGAGCCAGCAUGAAUUUAAAAUGGAUCAGCGAUACGCUUGAUAAGCUGAUUCUCGAAGCAAAUGCUGAGGGCGAGGCACCAUAUCAACGGCUACCACUGGAUACCCGACAUCUCGAUUCUAAAGUGCGGAAAUCGAAGAAGGGUGAUCAUGUUCGAGGCAGAGGUGGAUUGCGUCCAAGUCUCAAAGACUUCCCCGCGGAAUGGCUUCCAAAGCGUCAAGAAAAUGUGAUAUCUUCUAUACUUCCAUCUCAAUAAUAGAUUGUAUCUCUGGACGGCCGCUGUUAAUCGGUCCGAUAUCAUGAUCACGAGUGUACGGCGAAUCAUCCAAAAUAUGUUAUAAGCUCCAUCGAUGAACAAGCCCGCAUGCGUUUCUCCCUAUCUUCCUCAUGGCGAAUACAAUUCGUGCGUCUGUGAUUCAAUCAUGCACUGCCCGUUUCAAUCUAUCAGAAACAUUGGACAAAUUUGAAAAGUUGACUAGACUUGCAAAAGAGCGCGAUGGAUCGCAGCUCGUUGUAUUUCCCGAAGGCUUGUGAGUCCACCUUGGUCCGCAUGUCGUCUUACCUAUGGCAUGUAACUCUUGCUCAGCAUCGGGGGCUACCCAAAAUGGUCAACCUUCUCAUGCUUCGUAGGAGAGAGAACUUCCGAGGGCAGGGACGAGUUUAUCAAGUAUUAUAACGCGGCCGUUGAGAUUCCUUCGCCAGCG